UGAGGGUAACGUUUACUCUGGAUCAGUGCCCACAUUAUGGAGGAUAGAUUUAAUACCAUAACAUGCGCACCGUCCUAAUCGUCUUCUUGUUGAUUUACACACCUUGAACGUGAACCAGGCAGACCCACCGAAGUGCAACUAUUGUCCAGCGGCCCACUUCACCUCCAUGGCCAUGCUAUCGACACAUCUAUCAUCGAAAAAGCAUCUUGUACGCGUCAAAAUGCAGAGCGAGCACAGGCAGCAAGGGCCACACGGUCGUUCACACGAGAGUAUGCACACCGAGCAGGCACCUGGAUCAUCUGGCGAGGAUACUGAAAUGAAGGACGCCGAUCAACACGAGGGCCCAACUAUGGUGAACAAGGAGGGUGAUAUUGGAACUGGUACCGACAAUACUACGAGCUCGUCAAAUGACAAAGGGGGUCGUGCAGCCGAAGGUUCGAGUAAGCUGUGUGGAGUGCGGACGCCAACGGCGAAGCAGCGAAGACGGAAAGCCGAGAGAGAUAGGAAGAAGGCACGGGCUCGACAGGGACAUGCACUCAUGGAUCAGGAUGCGCCUGCCACCGAUACCACACUCCCCCCUGCCAACUUUGAUGAGUUUAAGCCCGCGCUUAAACCUAUAUCUUCAGGAACACCGCUUACGAUUGCCUCGACAGAUCUAAUAUCUGCACCAGUGUCCAAGGAGCAGUUUGAAUCUUCCGCCGUAUCAAGCAGGGUGAUUUGCACUACUGAUAAACCCAGUGAGGCCAAGCAUCCAGACUCAAAGACAUCUACGGAUACAACGAAUGUUCCAACUCAAAGAUGGUGGGACUGCUCCGUCUGUGGAUCGCAUUGGAAAAAACAGAGGGGAUGGCAAGGACACCUAGAGAGUGCACAGCAUAUGCGACGACUAUCACAGAUCAUGAGGGAGAUCGCUCCGGUCAUGGCGCCAUAUGGCGAAGGGGAUGUUCUUGCAUCGAAAGACACGUUCGGAUGGGGCACAGCUGUGGGUGCUGAGGAGGAGGAGGAGGAGGAGGAGGAGGAAAAAGAUGAUGAGGACAACGAAGACAGCAAGGACAUGGAAAUGGAGGACCAAAAAGGAGCGUAUGAUGUUGAAAAUGUAGCCCACGAUGACAUGGUUCUCUCCGAUUGAAUGAAUUAUUAAACAAAAUAAACCAGCGCCAUGGAGCCUAU